GCGCAGCUGUGAGGGGCCGCGGGGCGGGGCCGGGCCGCGGAAGCUGUUCCGGCAGCCAUGGCGGAUGAGGAGGAGGACGUGCCGUUCGAAGAGGACGCGGAGGACGCCGGCGGGGGCCUGGACGGCGGGCAGGGCAGGAGGAAGAGGCUGUUCUCCAAAGAGCUAAGAUGCAUGAUGUAUGGAUUUGGGGACGACCAGAACCCUUACACAGAAUCAGUGGACAUUCUCGAGGACCUGGUAAUAGAGUUUAUCACAGAAAUGACACACAAGGCCAUGUCCAUCGGGCGGCAGGGUCGGGUACAGGUUGAGGACAUUGUCUUUCUGAUACGCAAGGACCCCCGGAAGUUUGCCAGAGUKAAAGACCUCCUAACAAUGAAUGAAGAACUGAAACGAGCCAGAAAGGCCUUUGAUGAAGCAAACUAUGGGUCUUGAUUCUGUGCACAAACUGCACUAGGGCAUUAUUUGGGCAUCUGCUGCUCAGUAAGCAGCAGAUCGUGUGUUCUUUGCAAGGGUUAUCCAGGAUGGAGGUCACUGCUGGGAUGUCUGCUCUCACUCCCAACCUUUUCUGAGAAAUACUCAAGCAGCUGAAAUGUUACCUGACUGUAUGUGGUAUAUUUAGGUAUUUUUAUACCAUUUGAUGAAAUGAGAAAAAGAGCUCCAAAAAUUCCUGCAGUUGGCAGGAGUCUGAAGUAGGCCUGUGUUGCUUCAGCUGGCUUGAGGGCUGAUGAUUCAUGAGUCUCUAAAAUUAUUUCAGUUGUCACUGGCUAUUCCUGUGCAAGGAAACCCAGAAAAUAGAUCUUGGUUAUCUGUACAAAGACCUUAAGCCCAACUACUAUCAAAGUUCUGCUCUUUGCUUUGUAUAUGAUUUUUGAAUAAAACCUAAAUUUGUGCACGUUUCAUACUAAAUGUACAUCAGUCACACAAGGUGGGUUCACACAAAGUGGGUAAUUCAGGGGGUUUAGCACUUCAUGGGCUAUGAAGGUUAUUUUUGUUUCURUCUCAAUGGCACAUCUCUUUUAUUUUCUACCACUAUUAGGCCUAAGAAAUUGAAUGUAGCCCACUCGUGAUAUACUUGCGCUUACACCAUUUCCUUACCGCUAGGUGUUCUGUACUAAAUCAGAUUCCUAUUCUUCAUUUCAGUAUUUUUUUCUUAUUAUUUUCUGGUGAUCCUGAUUGUGAGAAUUAGUUACAAGCAAGAGCCUGGCAGACACCACUAAGCCCAUUGCUUGUUUUAACACUACGGGGUACCUGUGCCUUAUAUUGCCAAAUAGGUAGAAACUGCACUUAGAUUAAAAYGAUUUGGGGACAGUGAGAAACAUGUUCAUUGGGAGUUCACUGUUCAGGCCACAGCUGUGCUCUUCCCUACUUCUGGAGCAGCUCAGGAGGAGGCACAUCAAACAGACAGACACAAAGAAGACAGACUUUUGAACACACAAACCAGAGCCGGCUCAGGAGCCCUGAAGCCACAGUGUUCAGGAGUAUGAAUUCCUCYGAGCAGAGAUGUUUAACGGACAAG